UUUUGCCAAUCCCAGGCUUAAAUGGACCCAAGUCUCACGCCUUUUUUUUAAAAGAUUGUUGGGAUCGUCGGCCAAAUUGACAAUGAAGGAUGCCAUUCUUGCCAAAUAUGAGAUAACUGCGGACACCUAUCGACGACGGUUUAGGUCCCUGGAUGUUCAUCAUGGUGAAACCCCAAGAGAACUCUAUGUUCGUCUGAAGGACAUGUUUUAUAAAUGGGUGAAACCUGAGAAAUCCACUGUGAAAAACCUUUCUGAAGUGAUGAUCAUGGAGCAGUUUCUCAGGAUGGUAAAUCCCGACUUGGAAGUGUGGAUCAGGGAACGUGCCCCUAAGACAGCAGAGGAGGCUGCACAACUAGCUGAGACCUUCAUGUCAGCAAGAACGGGAACCAGGAGGAUCACCUUUGGUCGGGACACCUUCUCCACUGCUCGAAGUAAGUCUGAUGGGGGUGAAAGGGGUGGUGGUACAGGUCAGAGUAGGAAUUAUUCUGGUAACAGACAUUUCACUCCUAGUAAACCCAAUCCUUCCAAGAAAUUUUCUGCAGGUGCAAAGCCAGAUGUGAGAUGUUAUCAAUGUAAUCAGAUUGGUCACACUCAGUAUACUUGUCCAGCUACUACACACAGCAAGCCAUCCCUUUUGUGUUCAGUUCCUAGGCCCCCUCAUCCAGUUUCGGCUCAUGAAUUGUCACAAACAGCACCAGUACUUGUAAAUGGCCAUCGUGAAAUAGCCCUCUUAGAUACAGGAAGCUCACAGUCUGUAGUUCUGUCCAGUUUAGUACCUAGAGAGCUAUGGAGCGAUGCUAAGACUAAGAUAAGCUGUGUUCAUGGUGAUGAGAGAGAUUAUCCGGUUGCUGAAGUUUAUUUGACUGUUGGUGGCCAAACAUUUCUUUUGCCUGUAGCUUUAGCACCAAAGUUGCCCUAUGCAGUCAUUCUUGGGCUUGAUGUUCCCACUUUGCUAGAUUUGGUACACAAUGCAAAAGCUGAAACUCAAGAUAUUGCUAAUGAUCAAGAGGUCCAGUCAAAUAAUUAUGGCUUGGACCUGACUUUAGACCCAGGGUUUACGGGACCCAGUUACAGUUAUGUGACCACAAGAGCACAGAAAGUUAUUAAUCCUCUUAAAGAGCUACCAUUUUAUAAUGAUGAACUGGAGUCAGGUCCUUGUAGACCAGUUAAGUCUAGAGCUGAGAGGAGAAGGGAUAAGUUUCUGGGUUCAGCUAAGUUAGAAAAUGUGCAGCCAGGAAGACCGAGUCAAAGUCUAGAUUUUGAUGUUCCUUCAGAUAUAUCAGGGCUUCAGAGGGCUGAUCCAACAUUAAAACCAUGGUUUGACAGAGUCUCUGAGGUUAAUGGGAACAAGCUUGGCAAAGUGGAUGUUCUGGCAGAUGCCACGUAUGUCGUGAGAGAUGGCGUUCUUUACCAGUGUAAAGGAAAAACUGAGGCCAUAGCUCUACCACAGUCUCUUAGGCAGAAGAAAACCGUGUACGGUGCAGAAGAGCAGAAAAGCACCACUGCCACUGUGGGUCCAUGUCUCCUCCCACCUGGCAAGGCUGUCAGAUGCAUGGCUCUGUGCCCUGGCAUGCAACAUGCCAUCUCUCUGGCACAUCCUCUAGUUGUGGGAUUGGGGGAAAGGAUGCCAAUCGGGGCAUCUCCAAUCACUGUGGUUGUCCACACUUUGGAUCUUAGGAGGCCCGCAGGCCAGCUUUUCCACCUGUUCAACAGGAACCUGAGGUGCACCUCCAGUGGCCCCCAUAUGUCACCAGAUUCACUCACUGUGUUAUGUGAGUCUUUUUUAUGA